CCUCCUCGGAGUAGGCCUGAUCUCUGCUGCAGGUGGAGAGCCCAGUGCUGGAGGCGAAGGCCUGGACACAGCAGGAGCCUAUCAGAAGCCUGGUUUCUGGCUGAGGUCACAAUGGCGGGAUUCUGUGUCCUCCACACUGGACAGAAGAUGCCUCUUCUGGGGCUCGGGACCUGGAAGAGUGAGCCUGGGCAGGUAAAAGCGGCUAUCAAGCACGCCCUGACCGUUGGCUACCGCCACAUCGACUGUGCCGCCAUCUAUGGAAAUGAGGUGGAGAUUGGCGAGGCCUUAAAGGAGAACAUCGGGCCGGGCAAGGCUGUUUCCCGGGAUGAAGUGUUCGUGACGUCCAAGCUGUGGAACACCAAGCACCGGCCCGAGGACGUGGAGCCGGCCCUCAGGAAGACCCUGGCUGACCUCCAGCUCCAGUAUCUGGACCUCUACCUGAUGCACUGGCCCUACGGUUUUGAGCAGGGAGACAACCCCUUCCCCAAGAACGCAGAUGGCACCAUGCGCUACGACAGCGUCCACUACAGGGACACCUGGAAGGCCAUGGAGGCCCUGGUGUCCAAGGGGCUGGUGCGGGCCAUCGGGCUGUCCAACUUCAACAGCCUUCAGAUCAACGACAUCAUCAGCAUCGCGAAGGUGCGGCCCGCCGUGCUCCAGGUGGAGUGCCACCCUUACCUGGCCCAGAACGAGCUCAUCGCCCACUGCCGGGAGCGGGGGCUGGAGGUGACGGCCUAUAGCCCGCUGGGCUCCUCGGACCGAGCCUGGCGAGACCCGGCUGAGCCCGUCCUGCUGGAGGACCCCGUCGUCCUCGAGCUGGCCAAGAAGCACGGGAAGUCCCCGGCUCAGAUCCUGCUCAGGUGGCAGGUCCAGCGGAAGGUGAUCUGCAUUCCCAAGAGUGCCAAUCCUUCCCGCAUCCUCGAGAACAUCCAGGUGUUCGACUUUACCCUGACCCCGGAGGAGAUGAAGCAGCUGGGGGCGCUGAACAAAAAUUGGCGGUACAUCGUGCCCAUGAUCACGGUGAAUGAGAAGCGGGUCCCGAGGGAUGCAGGACAUCCUCUGUACCCCUUCAACGAGCCCUUUUAAGCCCUGGCCUUCAUCGGAUUUCGUCCAGCCCAGGCAGGAACCCGUAUCAAUAUACACCUGGUGGCCUCCCUGA